ACCAGCUACGCGAGAGUAGCUGUGUCUGGCAAUCGAGCAGUCGACAUGUGUGGAAUCUUUGCUUAUCUCAACUACCAUGUGCCAAGGACUCGGCGUGAAAUCCUUGAGAUCCUUCUCAAAGGUCUGCGACGUCUGGAAUACAGAGGCUACGACUCCGCUGGUGUGGGAAUUGAUGGAGGGAACAGCAAAGACUGGGAUUCAAAAAAAAAAUCUAUUCAACUAAUCAAGCAGCGUGGAAAAGUGAAAGCUCUUGAUGAAGAAAUCAACAAACAGCAUGAUAUUGACUUGGAUGUGGAGUUUGAUGUGCACCUGGGCAUCGCUCACACCCGCUGGGCGACCCAUGGCGUGCCAAGCCCAGUCAACAGUCAUCCUCACAGAUCUGACAAGACCAACGAGUUCAUUGUGAUUCACAAUGGAAUCAUCACCAACUACAAAGAUCUGCGGAAGUUCUUGCUCUUACUUACUCGAACUCCGCAGGAGAGCAAAGGCUACGAGUUUGAGUCAGAGACUGACACAGAGACCAUCGCCAAGCUAGUGAAGUACAUGUACGAUAAUCGAGAAAGUGAUGACAUCAGUUUCGCCACAUUGGUUGAGCGUGUGACUCAGCAGCUGGAGGGAGCAUUUGCGCUGGUCUUCAAGAGUGUCCACUUUCCUGGAGAAGCCGUUGGAACAAGGAGGGGAAGUCCUUUACUGAUUGGAGUGCGCAGUGAUCACAAGCUGUCCACUGAUCACAUCCCUGUUCUCUACCGCUCAUCUGCCAAAGACAAGAAGAGCUGCGGUGCUCUACCCAGAACAGACCAGGACACCUGUCUGUUCCCCGUGGAUGAGAAAGCCGUGGAGUACUACUUUGCCUCUGAUGCAAGUGCCGUGAUUGAACAUACAAACCGGGUGAUCUUCCUAGAGGACGACGAUGUGGCUGCCGUGACGGAUGGUCGGCUGUCCAUCCACAGGAUAAGGCGCAGAGCUGGAGACUACCCGGGUCGGGCCAUCCAGACUCUGCAGAUGGAAUUGCAGCAGAUCAUGAAGGGCAACUACAGCUCCUUCAUGCAGAAGGAGAUCUUUGAGCAGCCGGAGUCUGUGGUAAAUACCAUGAGAGGGAGAGUCAACUUUGAUAACAACACAGUGACACUGGGUGGCCUCAAGGAUCAUAUCAAAGAAAUCCAGAGGUGUCGGCGACUUAUCCUUAUUGCCUGUGGUACCAGCUACCAUGCUGGAGUAGCAACCCGUCAGGUUCUGGAGGAACUGACUGAGCUGCCCGUCAUGGUGGAGCUGGCCAGUGACUUCCUGGACAGGAACACGCCAGUCUUCAGAGACGAUGUGUGCUUCUUCAUCAGCCAGUCAGGGGAGACUGCUGACACCCUCAUGGCCCUGCGCUACUGUAAGGAGAGAGGGGCUCUGACUGUGGGCGUCACCAACACAGUGGGCAGCUCUAUCUCCAGAGAAACUGACUGUGGAGUCCACAUUAACGCUGGGCCAGAGAUUGGAGUAGCCAGCACUAAGGCCUACACCAGUCAGUUCGUGGCCCUGAUCAUGUUUGCACUCUUGAUGUGCGAUGACAGGAUUUCCAUGCAGCCCAGACGGCGUGAGAUAAUCCAGGGCCUGAGAAUACUUCCAGAUCUGAUUAAGGAGGUCCUCAGUUUGGAUGAUGAAAUCCAGAAGUUGGCAACGGAGCUGUACCAGCAAAAGAGUGUGCUGAUCAUGGGCAGAGGCUAUCAUUACUCUACCUGCCUGGAGGGAGCGCUGAAAAUCAAGGAAAUCACGUACAUGCACUCAGAGGGCAUCCUGGCCGGAGAGCUGAAACACGGCCCGCUGGCCCUGGUGGAUAAAGUCAUGCCUGUCAUCAUGGUCAUCAUGAGAGACCACACCUACAUCAAAUGUCAGAAUGCCCUGCAGCAAGUUGUGGCCCGCCAAGGACGCCCCAUUGUGAUCUGUGACAAAGAUGACCAUGAGACCAUCAAAAACUCCUGUCGCACCAUCAAAGUGCCUCACGGUGUGGACUGCCUGCAGGGCAUCCUGAGUGUCAUCCCUCUGCAGCUGCUGUCCUUCCACCUGGCCGUUCUCAGAGGUUACGACGUGGACUGUCCAAGAAACCUGGCCAAGUCUGUGACAGUAGAGUAGACUGCAUCAUUCAUCGCCUGACAGCAAAAACCUGACAGACACAUUCAAACACUGACAUCAAAGGGAGCAUCUGUAUGAAGGAGAGAAGACAAUGUCCUGUUGGAGAGUCCCAUGUUGUUUCUCUUUUUUCAUGCAAUCUUUUAGUCAAGACUUGUGUAUAUGACUGUUGCAUAUAACCUGUAUCUCAAUGUUAAAUUUGUGUGAAACCUCUGGCAUGAUUGUUGCUAUCAUUAGUGAAGUUUAGUCCCGUGGUGGCAGGGACUGGGAAGGCAUGUUCAUUGUUCACUGUAUUUUGCUGUGGUUGUUUUUCUUGUCUUUUUUUUUAAAGGUUCAUGAAACCUGUAGCAGCCUAUAGUGACAAUAUGGGUUUAUGUACGUUCCCAAUCAAUCAAAACGUGUGAGCAAACCCUCGUUGCUUAGUUAUGCUGAUUAGUCAGCUGAUGUUAAAGCUGCUGACUGAUUGAAGUUAGGAUUUAAUGACCUCACUAGCUCAUUUUCUCCUUUAGUGCAAUGAUUUGUAAGUUAGUUUGGAAUAUUUUUUUUCUAUGGCAGCUAAUAAUUUAAAGUUUUGUUUACUCCACAGUUAAAGUAAACCACACUCUGAAUCAUUCCAAGCCACAGGUCAUCCCUUCUUCAUAAUUGUAGUGCAGUUUUCCAGUUUUGACUCUGUUCCAAUCUUGGACUGUCUUCUGAGGAAAUGCAGCUUGCUGGGGGAAAUGUGGUCAUAGAGAAACUCUUGUGAAUACACUACUGUGUAUAAUCUACUCCAUACCCUCUGAAGUAUAAAUGUCUUUGUAUAUAGACAUAGUGAUCACAAAUUCCAGUCUUGGUACGUUCAGAAAUUAUUUAUUAAUUUACUGAAUUCAUCUGGUGAUGUUACGCUCUCUGUGCAAUCUAAUUUUUAUUUUUGUCCACAUUUUUAUUUCUGUCUUCUAACUGGAAUUACAAACUGAAAUUACUGAAAUGAUGAAAAAGUUACUAACGUGAAGUAGAAGUUGCACUCAUCUUCCGGCCUUCACCCUGCCACCACGACUGCUGCCACGGCAAUACCUGGGACCAUUUCUAGCUUUUUGUUAUAUUUUCUCUUUUUUUGUUUUUAAUGGUUUUUAUAAUGAACAUGUUAUUCUUUCUCUUGAAAAGUGAAUGUUACUGUCAUUUCAAAUGUCAAAUCAAAAAUCUCGGUUGUGAUUUUUGGCAUUUGUAAACCAAAACAUGUGUAUGUGUGUCAUUGUUUCUUGUAGCCAAACAGUACGGAUACGGGCGGACUUCCAUGUCUGCAAACAUUUUAAGGCUGAGGAGAGAGGUUUUGACAGUUACAUGGCCCAUAUGUUACACUGCUGUGUUUGCAGAAGUAGAAAGUGAGAUGCCUUUUGUGUGUCUGUGCCUUUUUUGCUAAGAAAAAGAAAGACACAUUUCAGCCAAACAAUGAAGUAGGCGCUGUUUCCUUAAAGAAAAGUUCAUAGCAUGUUUGAAGAUAUUUAUCUCGCUUUUGCAUCACAACAUUUACCUUCGAUUUAUUCGCAUUUCUGUUCUCUCGAAAAUAUUAAACUGCUUCAGAGCCAGGGAAAUGCAUUAAAAUAGGAUAGUCUUGUUACAGGUACUUUUGAAAUUCAAAUAUUUUAGAUUUUUCUUUUUUUUUUUUUUUUUUUUUUGUUCCUCCUCUCCUUUUCAACUGGAUUUAUUGAGAAUACUGCACCGAAUCCUAGCACCAUCUGUUAGUAACCACUGGGCCAGUGGGACAGCAUUUCUUAGUGUAACUGAUGCAAUAAAGUGUCAAUUACUUCUC